AUGGAAACACGAGACAUAUUCUACCCUAUAUGUAAGGCCGCGCGUACUUGUUUGGUUGGUGUGAAGUGCCUAACUCGUAGCGACUCGCAGCCAACCUCAUCAGCUUUCGUCCCUGCCACUUCCAACCCCUCAGAGACGCUACGGCACUACUCCGACUCACUGCUGUCGACCAAUAUGCCUUCGCUCUACAUUCCAACGCUCCUGGCGGGUCUUAUAAUAACAGGCUCUUCCAAUUCUCUAUGGACCAAGUACCAAGAUCAGCAGUGUGUGGAAGACUGUGAUACCGCGAACCCCAUUGUGUUCGAACAGCCUGUUUUCCAGACUCUGCAGAUGUUCCUCGGAGAAAUGUUAUGUUUUAUUCCGGUUCUGUACUUUUGGUACACCUCCAGAAGCCAACCUAUCCAGCUACCCAUCAAUGAUGACACGAACAAGGACGUCAGGACCCUUCGCGGAUGGAAGAUACUGUUACUGGCCAUUCCAGCUCUGUGCGACCUUACUGGAACGACGCUGAUGAAUAUCGGACUGCUUUUCACACCUGUCUCCAUCUAUCAAAUGACACGGGGUUCCUUGGUCCUGUUUGUCGGAAUCUUUAGUGUGCUUUUUCUUCGGCGUCGCCUUUGGCUUUACCAAUGGAUUUCUCUUAUCGUGGUCAUGGGAGGUGUUGGUCUCGUUGGUUUUGCUGGCUCUCUCAUCAAGGACACUGCCAAAGAACUUCUUGGCCUGGUCGACGAGGAAGGAAAUGAAAAGCCUGAAGCGACACAAGUCCUCGUUGGCAUUUUCUUUGUCUUUUUUGCGCAACUUUUCACGGCUACCCAAUUCGUUGUCGAAGAAAAGAUCAUGGGCCACUACUCCGUCGAACCGCUUGUCGCAGUUGGAUUCGAGGGCUUGUUUGGCGCAUUAGCGGUCUUACUCAUUAUGCCCAUCCUCUCUAUUCCGUCCGUAAAGGCCAUAUCGCCGUUUUUCGAUCUCCCGCGUGGAUGGAGCCAGAUGAUCAACACUCCAAGUGUCCUUUACUCGAGUGUGGCCAUUGCUUGCUCUAUCUCCCUUUUCAACUACUUUGGAUUAAGCGUAACACGACAUGUUUCGGCGACUGCGCGUUCACUAGCUGACACUUGUCGCACACUCUCUAUUUGGAUCAUCAGCUUAGGCUUGGGUUGGGAAAGAUUGCUUUUCCCUAUUUCCCUCUUGCAAGUCACUGGCUUUUCGCUGCUCGUCUACGGGACCUUCCUCUUCAACAAUCUCGUUACUCCGCCGAAGUUUAUUCGACCCCCUACACCAACUGUUGAUGCUUCCGAGCGCGAGGCACUUCUGGACGAGACAGCGGCCUUGCCAGCUGAUGUUGGGACAGGUGGCUUUGACGUUGUUCCCCAGGGUACAACAACGACACCUGGUCCUUGA